CUUUUAUGUAAAUGCUUGAAUUAAAUUUUCAAAAGGACGGCCCUUUCGUUUGCCCAAUGAAAAUGAAGCGCGGCAGACACCUGGCUAUAAACCCAGGAAGGAACCCAAAACCUCAAUCAGAAAUCCGCUGAAAAAACCCCGCAGAGGCACAGCACGCAGGCAGACGAGCGGAGAGACGGCCGUGAUGACUUCCAGUAAGAUCGAGAUCCCGGGAGAGGUGAAGAGCGACCCCGCUGCUCUUAUGGCAUCCCUCCAGCUGAUGCCCUCACCGGUGCCCAACCCGGAGAUCAAGUAUACAAAGAUUUUCAUCAACAAUGAGUGGCAGGACUCUGUUAGUGGGAAGGUCUUUCCUGCCUACAAUCCGGCUACUGGAGAGCAGAUCUGUGAGGUCCAGGAGGCAGAAAAGGCGGACGUUGAUAAAGCGGUGCAGGCAGCUCGCCUUGCCUUUUCUUUGGGCUCUGUUUGGAGGAGAAUGGAUGCAUCUGAGAGGGGACGACUGCUGGCCAAACUGGCUGACCUGGUGGAGAGGGACAGUGUGUAUUUAGCAACCAUCGAGUCACUGAACAGUGGGAAGCCUUUCCUGCCCACCCUGUUUGUCGACCUCCAAGGAACUAUAAAGACUCUGAGAUACUUUGCUGGAUAUGCUGACAAGAUCCACGGCACCUCCAUUCCAAUGGAUGGAGAGUAUCUGACAUUUACUAGAUAUGAGCCGAUUGGAGUCUGCGGACAAAUUAUCCCCUGGAACUUCCCUCUGAUGAUGACAGCAUGGAAGCUGGGUCCAGCACUCGCAUGUGGAAACACUGUUGUCUUGAAACCUGCUGAGCAGACACCACUCACCUGCCUCUACAUAGGAGCUCUUAUUAAGGAGGCCGGGUUUCCACCGGGAGUCAUCAAUAUUUUGCCAGGAAAUGGGCCAACUGCAGGAGCUGCAAUUGCUUCGCACAUGGGCAUAGACAAAGUGGCUUUCACAGGAUCGACCAAGGUUGGCAAGCUGAUCCAAGAGGCAGCGGGAAAGAGUAACCUGAAGAGGGUAACGCUGGAGCUGGGAGGCAAGAAUCCCAACAUCAUAUUUGCAGAUGCAGAUUUGGACCUGGCUGUGGAACAGGCCCACCAGGGUGUGUUUUUCAAUGCAGGUCAGUGCUGCACAGCAGGCUCACGCAUCUUUGUGGAGGAGCCCAUAUAUGAUGAGUUUGUUCGGAGGAGUGUGGAGCGAGCCAAGAGGAGGAUAGUUGGCAGUCCCUUUGACCCCAUGACUGAGCAGGGUCCACAGAUCAGCCGGGAGCAGCAGAACCUUGUGUUGGAGUUUAUCCAGAGCGGCAUCGGUGAAGGAGCCAAGCUGGAAUGUGGAGGCAAAGCUCUGGGCUGUAAAGGGUUCUUCAUUGAGCCCACUGUUUUCUCUAAUGUUAGGGAUGACAUGCGCAUCGCUAAAGAGGAGAUUUUUGGACCCGUCCAGCAGAUCUUCAAGUUCAAAACUAUCGAGGAAGUGAUAGAAAGAGCCAACAACUCAGAUUAUGGUUUGGUUGCUGCUGUAUUCACCAACGACAUCAACAAAGCCAUGACCAUUUCCAUGGCCAUGCAGGCCGGCACCGUCUGGAUAAACUGCUUCAACGCUCUGAGCACACAGUGUCCAUUUGGAGGAUACAAAAUGUCUGGUAAUGGACGUGAACUAGGAGAAAGCGGCCUAAGGGAGUACUCAGAAGUGAAGACCAUCACAAUGAAGAUGGUCACCAAGAACUCUUAAGGCAGCGACACUUUUCUGGGAGGAGGCAGUGUCUUCCUCAUCACUGCCUCUUGUCAGUCCGUCCACUGUGGCAAACCGCACCAACCAUCAAAACUCGCUAUCUUCAUGGUAUCUACAGGUUGUUUUCACCCGCUGCCUUUAGUCCCCCUGUCCACUCAAACUUGCUGUCAGCCUUUCCUUGUCUAGAUAUAUCCAGGUUUCAACUGGUAACCACUGAACUACCCCUGAUUCUUUAUACCACCUCCACUAACUACACUAAAGCACUCAGAGAUGAUGAGGGUGGCUGCUCCGCCUUCAACGGUCAACAUCAACAACCUUCCCAGCCACUGAUCUCCUCCCCAGAUGCUGGAUGCUCAGAGACUCAGUUGCCGCACUUGCAAUCAGCCCCUUUGCAAGCUACUUGUUUUGUGUUGGGAGGCAGUUUUUCAUUGUACUGUGCGGUAUGAUUGUCAAACUUAAUGUGUCAUUGUCUUCAUAGAACUUACGCUAGCAUAUCAACUCAUUCAAGACCACUGAUGAUGUCAGCCUCAGACAUGAAUGGAUGAAAUGUUAAUUCAGAAUUAAAACUGAUUUUUAAUUGUCUGUUUAUAUUUUAGCUCAUAUGACUUAACACUGUAUGUAAACCUUUGACAGACUUAAACGUGAAAGAUUUUAAACUCAUUAUCUAAAAAUCAUUUUACUCUCACCUGCUAAAAGAGGAGUAGAUGUAUUUUAAACUUUAUGUAACUGAUUUUCUUUGAUGUCCAUCUAUGUUUAUGUUUAUACAAUUAUAUGCUAUAAAAUUAUAAAAUGAC